GUAUAGGCUUCGAAUAUGCUGAAGGUCGUUGUUUUCUUUAAGAAGUCCCCCAUUAGUUGGGGAUAAUGGUUUCCAGCUAGCGUCUUUUACUAUGGGGAAUGCUCAUGCCUUACAGAAACAUCAGCUUUCAAAUGUUGGGAGUGGAAUGACGAGUUCUGUAGGCAUGAAAGAUUUUGAAAGUCGUUGGAAAUCCUUCAUGAAUUCACUUGAUUUGUCAGCCGAACAUAUAAAACAAAUUGAAUUGUUAGAUGAAGAAAAGAAGGCAGAGCUACUGUCAAACUAUGAAUUAAAAAACCCUAGGUGUUCUGCUUUUCACUAUGUUGCACUUUUAAAAGCUAGUCGGAUUGAAUUCAUUUGGAAAAAGAAAGUCGACGGUUCAGCAUUUCGUUCUCUACUAUCGUCAGUAGAGAUUUCUCUUCGUACCAACAAUGUUGAGUAAUUUAGUUCAAUAUAUUCGAAUUCUAGAUGGGUUUAUGACUUUUUAGAUCUCGAGGGCCUUGAGGCACUAGCCGAUCUAAUGUCACAAUGUAUGCAUUUUCUACCAGGGUUAGUCAUCCGGUAUGAUGGGUUAUUUCCUUCAGACAGGACACGACAUUCGGCCCACGAAUAUUUUGUGGGAGUAAAUCCUCAGACGAAACUUACCGGGAUCGUUACGAAAUUUCUUGCUAUGCAGAAGUUCCUAACUUCAUCCAUAAUAGUAGCAUAAAGUCAACCCAGUCUUCACCAAGUAAUAAGAAUUAACUCGUUUUCACAAUUCAUGUGGUGAUUUAGACAAUGCAUUUUUACCCAAAUCCAUUGUUCACAGUAGCUGUUCACCAAAAGGUUCUCUACUCACUGCAUCGUUCUUAGACUUUCUCGAGGAUUGCUUACAUCUGUCUCUCCGUUCACUUAAGGCCAUAUUGAAUAAUCAGGUUGGUUCUUCUGCUACUCAUUAUUAUUAGUCUUUUUAGAGAGGGUGUAGAAGAGCUAUGGAGCAUGCACUUGUCAUUAAUCUAGUAACAUUUUGUCUUCUGCAUCCUAAUUAUUCGUAAGUACCAUAAUUAAAUGUCGACUUGUAACUUAGUUUUACAUAUUUUCGCCCCAAUGUAACGUUAUAUCGCGUUAGUGACGUAGGUCAAAGUAUAAAAUAAAAUUCGGCCCACUCUCUUUAACAGUACUAAUAUUUCAGGAAGCUGUAUCCAGUGCGAUUUGGUGUCCGUUUUCUCUCAUAGGUUGAGUAUGUACACUUUUCUGGUUCAAAAUAGCCGAGGUAAACUUAGUGCAGUCAUGCAUAUGUUAGCUCAGAUAUUCUAGGUUCUGGUUGAACGUUAUUGUUGUCAGUGUAGUAGUGUAUUUUGGAUCAUUCAUUUUUACGUGAAGUUCCUUUUUCAUGAUUUGAUCAUUACGAUGACAGAAUAAUGGAACUGCAUUCGCUCUGACUAUGGACUAAGAAAAGUGUCAUCCCUAUUACGCCUCACAUUAGCUCCAGAUGGAUGUUAUCGAUUUAUGAUCAAGUUAUAGUACCUCGAUUGUGUUGUUGAAGCCGACUAGCAUAACUUAAAACAUCAUGUGAAUCCUCCAAUGCUUUUUUCUACUCACUAAGUAAAAAAGUGGAAUAGCGCGGAGAAAAAUCCGUUUAGAAUUUGUAUCGUAAUAAACACUACAAGCGCUGCUUGUCUUAGGGGAUGACUUAGCGUAAAUAACACAUGUCGGGAUCUCUACGGACAAUAUUGACGUAUGAUUUCAUCGAUUGUUUUACUUCUUAUUAACACUACUCCUAACUUUGUUUGGUGCUUAGUGAUCCUCACAUCUAGUAGGUGUGCUGUAAAUGAGGUCUUUAAAACAUGUCAUAUUGCUUCCUACACUGCUAUGCUGUGUUAAAUAAAAAUUUCUCUGGCACUAAUAAAGGUAUGUGAUCGCAAAUCGUAACUGGGUCUCAUUCAUUAAAAUCAAGAUUGUUAUCAUCUUAAUAGUCCAUUUUUCGCUUAAUGGAUGCGAGAUUUCAAGCAUAAUUUAUUCCAUAUAAGUUAGCUUAGACAUGGGUUCUAAAGUAUUUUAAAAGUUGAAGGUGAAGUUCAUUGUAUUCAAAGUAUCAAAGAAACAGUAUUUUGGUAGAUUAUGAUGUUUAUGUAUUCUGGGAAUCACAAGAUUUUUGUGUUGUAUGCAUUUUCCAUUUACACGCUAUCCAGAAUACUGUUUCUGGUGAAUCAGCAAAAUGCUAAAUAUUUAUCGUAGAUUUUUAAUCAAACGCAUUUUAAUUGAUAGUUUGUCGUUUCGAGAUUAUUCAUCUGGAUUGCUGUAAUUAGUCUAUCAUCCUAAGACUAAUCCUCGAAUCUCCCUAAAAUUCAUUUCUGAUAGUUAAUUUACUACGUGAUAAAGUAAAUGAAUUAGUAACCUCUUAUCGAGUCAUUUAUACGCGUUCGCCUAGUCUAAUCAACUCAAUAAAUUGGAACCAGCUGUAACUUUAUUCUUGGAAAUAUUUUUCUGUAGAACAAAAACGCUAGCACUAGAUAUGCUUACUGCAUUGUGUCUGAUUGAAGGUGGUCACGUGAAAGUCUUGCAAUCCUUCGAUAGGUUACGCGUUGUGAUGGGUGAAGGAUUGAGAUUUGAGCUUCUUUUAGCGGCAUUCAGAUACCACGAGUCGCUUGAUGAAGAAAGCUACAAUCUAGAUUUUGCAGUAACAUGCGUGCAAUUUCUCAAUAUUAUUGUUCAUUCACCAGAGAAUAUAAAUUUACGAGUAUAUUUACAAUAUGAACUCCACUUACUUGGAUUUGAUGAUUUGUUAAAACAAAUUCGUGAUCGUUCUGGGUCACGAUUAAAAGUUCAAAUUGAAGCCUAUUUAGAUAAUCGUGUAGAUUGUUCAUUACUACUGGAAGAUGCUGAAGCUAAGGAGGCAGCUGUUCUGGAACAAGAACGUUUGGAAAAGCGAUUGGAAUCAGAAAUGGCUAUAGCUAGAAAAUCUGAAGAGAAUUUUAAGCUCAAAGAAACUGAACUUCUUCGUGUUGCUGAAUCACUACGUAUAAAAAAACGAGAAUUCGAAAUAGCUGCUGCUGAUCGUGAAUCUGGAUUGUACAAACAAAUCAAUGAAUUAUCUCGUAAUAUUCAGUUAGCUCAACGAGAAAUAUCUGAUUUGAAACAAAAUUUACAUCUUGCGCAAACGUGUAUAACGAAGUCAUUCACUACAAUGUCCACUUCAACACAUUUUGAAAAUUCAAAGAGGAAUUCAUCAAUAACAAACAAUAGCAUUGAUCAAAAUUCCUCAUCUGAUCCACCCACAUUAGUAACACGAGCUGUGUCUAUCGAAGAUACUUUUUCUUCUUCGCACCAUUGUAACGGUAAUAAUGGGCAAAAACAUCAUUAUCAUCCUAGUCCUUCUGGUUCCGAAGCCUCAUUAAGCAAUAACACUAGUGACAUCAAUUGCAAUAAACAAGGCUCUUCAAGUGUUUAUACCGAUGCGAAUUCAUCAUUGAUUUAUCGGUCUAAAUUGGAUGUUCAGUAUAAUACUGAAGAGCAACAUCAGGCACCCGUAAAACCCCAAAGAAAAGUAACAGAUCAAAAAGUAAAUAAUCUAUUUAAAUCCUGUGCCCUACAAAAUUUUACUACAUGCAAACAGUUAGCUAACCAAGCAGCUAAUUAUUUAGCCGAACUAGUCAAAUUAGUUUCUAGUUUAUCAGCAGCAGAACUGUUCAGUGCUGAAAAUGAUUCAUCCAAUGAUCGUUUAAUUAUGGUUUAUCCAAUUGGUUGGGAAUUUUCAUAUUCUUCUUCGUGUCCUUCUCCUCUUUCUUCUCACAAUGAUGAUAGUGUGAUCACACAGUUAACAGCAACAUCACUGGAUACUAUAUUCAAUGAUCGAGUAUUCAGGACAUGUUAUUUAGCGAAUAUAUCUAUGAAAGCUGAAGGAAUCUGUACUAACUCGGAAGAUUUCUUUCAUAUUUAUUCUAAUCAACUACCAGAUUUAUGGUUUAAUGCAUAUAAAAAAUUACCACAGAAUUCAUUAAACAAACAACAAACUUUAACAUCAAUUAAUUCAUUGCAUAAGACUGAUGAUUCAGUCGAUACAAGACAUUCAAAGGUUUUUGAUGAUCUUCAUAGAGUCGGACUUUUAGAAACCUCCUCUAAUAAUCAGUCACUGGAAAAUAUUGAAGCAGUCAACAUCGUUUAUAAUGAAUAUGAUAGGGAGAUCAAAUAUAAUUUUUCUAGAUCAAAACUAACUGAAUAUUUAUUACAUUUGAAAUUGAAUCCUAUUAUUACACAACGUUUAUUAAAUGAAAUUCAUUGUUUAGCAGAGAAUCUUAGAAGUAAUAAUAAUAAUAAUAGUUUUAUGAUAAUGAAUUCAUCAACUAUUGAAUUGUUCGAACAACUGGAAAACGUAUUUCAAAAGUAUUUUAGUCAAUUCAAUAUCGACGAGUUAUUCCUUUGUAUUACUGGUACUGAUAAAAAUCAACAACGUUGGCCUUGUCUACUCACUUUACUGCAUGGUAAUCUUAUUAAAUUUACUCUGAUUGAAGAAUUGAAACUUAUUAACGAGAAUAUAUCAUUAGUUAUUGAAUGCUGUACAAGUAUACUAGCCAGUACUAAAUUACCAUUAAUUAUACAAUUAGUUUGGAGAUGUACAAAUGUGUUAUUGAAUGAUCACAAAUCAACUGGUUUUCAAUUGAAAAGUUUAGAUUCUCUGAUAGAUUGGCAGUUCACAUUACCACGAAUAUCUAAUACUAAAAGUCAAAUAGUCCAACACGAUCAACAAUCCUCUACAACAGCAAUUCAAGUUAAUGAGAUGAAAUUUUUGAAAACAGAUUUCAUGUUAAUGUUUGUCAAAUAUAUCAUGAAAAUUUCACCAAAUUUAUUAAACUGGACAUCGGAGUUAAAUCAAUUGGAUGUUGUGUCAAGAAUUUCAAUAUCUGAUUUAUUCAAACGUAUCGAAUAUGUCAAAUCAAAUUUAACAUUUUUAAUUCAUUAUUCUAAAACUACUGAAUUUGCGAAUAGUAAUAAUUAUACUAAUAACAAUCAUAAUGAUAAUAAUAAGGAUAACAAAAUGACAAGCCAAGGUAAUUUGUCAUUAGAAAAUGUUGCAUUGAUUAUUCGUUUACUUGAAUUGUUAACAAAAACAUCAGAAACUGUAAGUUGCAUUUUACAUUCAACUGCUUAUUGGAUCAAGAGAUUUCAACCGACGUCAUUAUCUACAUCACCAAGUUGUAAUAUGAUGUUAUCGGAUGAUUGGUUAAAUCCGCUUGUCAGAUUUGCAUUUUCAUUCAAGAAUUGUGUCAAUGAUCUCGAUAAAAAGUCACCUCAUUCACAAAAUUCCUCAUUAAAUAUACACGAUACUCAAUCUUCUAGUCAUUCACAUCAUCGUCACAGUCAAAAACACUUGAAAGAACAAGAAAAGAUCCCAUCCUCGUCAAAACGUGAAAAUCGUCAUCGUAAGCCACGUACUCGUCAACUGGAUACAGACGGUCUAAUGGAUGAUAUAUUACACAAUCUCACUUUGAAUCCUCUAAGAGCAGAUAUACAUGUGAAACGAUCAGACAAGAUUGAUUAGAUCAAUGCUACUUCUUUCCCCUUCAAUGACACCAUAUAGUUUUCAUGAUAAUAAUACACGAACUAGUGUUGUUUUGUAAGUCUUCCUACAAAUAUACAUUCCUGUGAAUGGAAACCUUUAUCCCUUCGUUUUCCUUUCAUUUAAGGCGUUUCAUCUUACCGUUUAUCUAAUCUGCUUUGUUUUCCUUGAUAUUUGUACAAAUUAUUUUAAUGCUACGUAUUACCACUUAGUUAUAUAUAUGCCUUUAAGCAGAUAGUUAUUUUAUAAAGUACCUUGACUUCUGUGGUGCGUUGUCCUUUUGAACGUAAUUAUUUAAACUUAUGAAAAUUUAUAUCUCAAUUUUUAUUCUUGCAGCAUUUCUUUCGAUUUAUUCGCGAAAACUUCAUCUGUCUGUCCCGAUUGUACUGUUUUAAGCUAUUGAAUGCUCCUCCUGAAUAUGUGUAUACAGGUACUUAUCCCUCUAUAUAUCGAGUGCAUAAUAUCGUAUACAUAUGCCUCAUCAGUGUCAUUAUUGUUUGCUUGUUGAAUACUGUAAACAGAUUAAUUUACUUUUCAUUUUAUCACCUUAACCUUUAUUCCUUUUACAUCAAUAAAUGAAGCAUCUUAUCCUUGUCAGCAGUUAUGUUGCAAAUUUCCUUUUUAUUGUGGUUGGUUAGUUUGCAUUGACAUAGAUAUUUGAGACUAGUUUGAAUUACCAACUUCUUUUGCAACCAGGUUGAUAGAUAAGUUUGAACAAUUAGAAAUGAUUUGGGAUAUUAUUCAGUUUUUGAAUAAAAAUCAGACACUAGACGUAACUACCAGUUAUUUCGUAUAGACGGAGUGAACCUUAGUGAGCGUGGAGUUUUGGUAGAACCACCCAGAACUAGAAGUCAGUAAAAACGCUAGUAUUAUUUUUCACUGGAUUCUACACUAAUUAUUCUUCUCUACAACUAAGCAAUUAUUUGACAUAAAAAUCUUAAGUUUAUCUCCAGUCUUAUCGUUAAGGAUAGAAGGUCACUAAUUAACUUCGGGAAUUCAGCGAGGUACGCAUUAGUCAGUACAUAGUUCAAUCGUGAAAUGUUUGUUGCAACUCCAAUAGUUGAACUUAUUGUUGGUCCUCGGGAGAAAUAUGACACCUUAGCAGCACCA